CACAAGUGCGCAGUAAGCUCGCUGGUAUUUGAGCGAGACUUAAAGUGAUCCCUGCAGGCCUGCACCCCGACGAUUCUGCUCGCUAACAACUGAUUAAAUAAACUGGAUUACCUGCAUCUGCAUUUAAAACAGUGGGAGAUGAGGGACUGCUGCCAACUCGUCCUGACAGAAACUUGGCUUAAGGACACCAUUCCAGGCUCAGCUAUCCAGCUGGAAGGUUUAAACUCCUUGCGGGCGAACAGAAAUGCUGCAACCUCCGAUGAUUUUUCAAACCUUUCAGAGCAGCUAGUAAAAACCUGUGAAAUAAAUGAGGGAAUUGAAAAAGAUACAUCUGAAGACGAGUCAAAGGAUAUUGAGCUUGAGCAGAAAAAGCCAAGGAGAAAGGACACCCCAGUGCAAUAUGUCCCACCUCUCAUCCCAGGUGUAAAAUUAAUGAGAGAGGAGAAGCAACCAGUGCUUGCAGAAGAUGAUGAAAAGGAUGCAGAAAAAUAAACUACUAAAUCAUUUUCGAACAGCGAGAGCAUUCACUGAUUUCACCCCAUUUGCAAGAGUGUGUGCUUAUUGUACUGCAUUGUUAAGCAUGUAUUCAUAUAAACUGUAUCGGGAACCAAGAACAUACUGUAGUUUUGCUGAACUCUAUCAGAACAUGAAAUAGCAUUGGUACAUUGCUAUUAGAUAAUUUUAAAUGCUAAUCGUUAGAUUAAAAUAGAUAAUGAAAAGC